GACUGUAAUCUACCUCUCCUGGUCCUCCAGAUCACGAUGGAGGGGAAGGCUCUCUACCUGGUGGCUGCUCUCGUCGUCUGUUUCCCAACUUCUUCUCACAGCCAACUCUACUCCCUCAUCACCCCAAGUGUCCUGCGGGUAGAGACUGAAGAGAAGAUUGUGGUGGAGGCUCACGGACUCAGUAGUGCAACAGAAGUCACUGUCUCUGUCUAUGACUUCCCACAGAAGAAGAAUAUCUUGUACAUGGUCAAAGCUCCCAUGAACCCAGCAAAUGGUAUGAUAGUGACCCCUGCCAUAAAGGUUCCUGCCAAAGAUAUGAAGAAGGAUUCAAAACAAAACCAGUAUGUAAUUGUCCAGGCCAGCUGUCCUCAGUUCACACUGGAGAAGGUGGUUCUGGUGUCCUUCCAUAGUGGAUAUAUCUUCAUCCAGACAGAUAAAACCAUCUACACACCUGGAUCUGCAGUGCGCUACCGUGUCUUCUCUGUGGGUCACAACAUGGAAAUUUUGGAUAAGCCUGUGAUUGUUGAGUUUGAGACACCAGAUGGCAUUGUUGUCAGCCAGAAUUCCAUCACCCCCACUUCAACAAACAUCCGCCCUUUCAACUUACCUGAGAUUGUCAGUUUUGGGACCUGGAAGGCUGUGGCCAAAUAUCAAGACUCUCCACAGCAGACCUUCACCACUCCAUUUGAUGUCAAGGAAUACGUAUUGCCAAGCUUUGAAGUCAUAGUGGAACCAUCAGAGAAGUUUUUUUACAUUGAUAGCAACAAGGAGUUCAGAGUAUCAAUCACUGCAAGGUUCCUGUAUGGAAAGAAAGUAGAUGGAAUGGCCUUUGUCCUCUUUGGAGUGAAAAUAGAUGAUGUCAAACAGAGUAUUCCAGAUUCACUGAAGAGAAUUCAGAUUGUUGAAGGAGAAGGGGAAGCAAUACUAACAAAAGCAAUGCUACAGAGUCGAUUUCGCAACCUCAACGAGCUUGUUGGGCACUCUCUUUAUGUCUCUGUGACAGUGAUGACAGAUUCAGGCAGUGACAUGGUAGUGACUGAGCGAACUGGCAUUAGCCUAGUGACAUCUCCCUAUCAGAUCUACUUCACGAAAACCCCUAUGUACUUCAAGCCAGGGAUGCCCUAUGAGCUGAUGGUGUUUGUCACCAACCCUGAUGGCUCCCCAGCUGCCAAUGUACCUGUGGUGGCAGAGCCCAUUCCCGCUGAUGCAACUACCCAGAAUGAUGGGACUGCCAAACUGAUCUUGAACACCCCAGCAGACAGGCAAGAGCUCAGAAUUACGAUAAAAACCAACCAUGGGCAACUCUCAAAAGAACGUCAGGCAACUAAGAACAUGGUGGCAACAGCCUACCAAACCCAGGGAGGUUCUGGAAAUUAUCUCCAUGUGGCAGUCACAGCUACAGAACUCAAGGCUGGAGACAACUUACCUAUCAAUUUCAAUGUGAAGAGCAACAACCCACAAGUGCUGAAUCAGAUCCAAUAUUUCACCUAUAUAAUCUUAACUAAGGGGAAGGUGUUCAAGGUUGGAAGGCAGCCCAGAGCAGCAGGACAGAAUCUGGUGACCAUUUCCUUGCCCAUCAUCCCAGAUCUUAUCCCUUCAUUCCGGAUUGUGGCUUACUACCAACUGGGGAACAGUGAGAUUGUGGCUGACUCUGUCUGGGUGGACGUAAAGGAUACUUGCAUGGGAACGCUGGUUGUGAAAGGAGCCACUGAGGCAGACAAUCGAGUUCAUGAGCCAGGAACUCAAAUGAAAAUAAAACUGGAAGGAGAUGCAAAUGCUCGGGUUGGACUUGUGGCUGUGGACAAAGGAGUCUACGUGCUUAACAAGAAGCACAAACUUACCCAAACUAAGAUAUGGGACUCAGUGGAAAAGAGUGACAUUGGAUGCACAGCCGGCAGUGGUAGGAACAAUCUGGGUGUGUUUGAAGAUGCUGGACUCGCCUUGGUGACCAGCACUAAGCUUUCUACGCAAGAGAGAUCAGACCCAAAGUGCCCUCAGCCUGCAACACGCAGACGCCGAUCCAUACAGCUCAUUGAAUCUAAGGCAAGCAAAGCGGCCCAAUAUCAGGAUCGGAAUCUAAGAAAGUGCUGUGAAGAUGGCAUGCAUGAGAACCCCAUGGGCUACAGCUGUGAAAAGCGGGCACAAUACAUUGUGGGUCAGAAUGAGUGCCAGAAUGCCUUCCUUGAAUGUUGCCGCUUCAUCAGAGACAUACGGAUUGAGAGUGCAAGGGAUGAGCAACUGAUACUGGCAAGAAGUGACUUUGAGGAUGAGUUCUUAUCAGAUGAAGAGAUCGUCUCCAGGACUGAGUUUCCAGAGAGCUGGUUAUGGCAAACAGAACAGCUGACUGCAGCUCCGAACGAUCAAGGGAUCUCGUCCAAGACGGUGUCUGUUUUCCUGAAGGAUUCCAUCACUACCUGGGAGGUGCUGGCUGUGAGCAUUUCAAACACAAAAGGGAUCUGUGUAGCUGACCCUUAUGAGAUAACAGUCAGGAAGGACUUCUUCAUCGAUCUACGGCUACCUUACUCAGUAGUGAGGAAUGAACAGGUAGAGAUUCGAGCUAUCCUCUACAACUACAGGGAGCGAGAUAUCAGGGUGCGCGUGGAGCUGAUACACAACCCAGCCUUCUGCAGUGCCUCCACCGCCAAGGAAAGAUACCGACAGGUGCUCGUUGUUAAAGGCCUAUCCUCCAGGGCGGUGCCACUUGUGAUUGUUCCACUAGAGCUGGGAUUACAUGACAUUGAGGUCAAAGCAGCUGUCUGGGGACAGUUUGUGUCUGAUGGUGUGAAGAAGAAGCUGAAGGUUGUGCCUGAAGGGUUGCAGAGAAAGCUUGUGACUGUCAUUGAGCUGGAUCCAACUAAGCAAGGGACUGAUGGAGUCCAGGAACAGAUAGUUCCAGCCAAAAAUAUAACUGAUAUUGUUCCCGGCACAGAACCCGAGACCAAAAUUACCGUCCAAGGAGACCCUGUGGCUCAAAUUAUUGAAAACGUGAUUGAUGGGACCAAUCUGAAACAUCUCAUUGUAACACCUUCUGGCUGUGGAGAGCAGAAUAUGAUUACCAUGACACCAUCAGUUAUUGCAACCCACUACCUGGACAUCACAGGGCAAUGGGAGAAGAUUGGGGUGGAUCGCAGGACUGCUGCAAUCCAGCAGAUCAUGCAAGGUUACACCCAGCAGAUGGUGUACAAGAAAGCAGACAACUCCUAUGCUGCAUUUAAAGAGCGUACAGCUAGCACAUGGCUAACAGCAUAUGUCGUAAAAGUCUUUGCCAUGGCUUCCAAAAUAGUAAACACUAUUAACAGCCAAAUCCUCUGUGGAGGUGUGAAGUGGCUCAUUCUGGAGAAGCAAAAACCAGAUGGAAUUUUCCAUGAAGAUGCCCCUGUGAUUCAUGGAGAGAUGGUGGGAGGUUAUAAGGGUGCUGAACCAGAGGCAUCAUUAACAGCUUUCGUCCUGGUUGCAUUGCUGGAGUCCAGAGACAUCUGCAAUGAUCAAGUCAAUAUUCUGGAGGGCAGCAUCACCAAAGCUUCUGAGUAUUUACUGAGAAAAUAUGAGACACUGCAAAGACCUUAUAGCACGGCCCUCACAGCCUAUGCUUUGGCCAUGGCAGGGAAGCUGAAUGAUGACAGCGUACUCAUGAGAGCAUCAACAGGCGGGAAUCGUUGGGAAGAAUAUAACGCUCGCACCUACAACAUUGAAGGCACAUCCUACGCCCUGCUGGCCUUGCUGAAAAUGGAGAAAUUUGAUGGUGUUGGUCCCAUAGUUAAAUGGCUGACAGAGCAGAAGUAUUAUGGAGGGACAUAUGGACAGACUCAGGCAACCAUCAUGGUAUUCCAAGCUCUUGCCCAGUAUGAGAUCGACAUCCCUACCCAUAAAGCCCUGAACUUGGACAUUUCUAUUAAACUGCCUGAACGUCGUGAAGCAGUUACUGUCAGGAUUGACUAUGAGUCUGCCCUCUUGGCACGGUCAACAGAGACCAAGCUCAAUAAAGAUUUCAUUGUGAAAGCAUCAGGCCAAGGAAAAGCAUCUAUGACCGUCGUGACAGUGUAUAAUGCAAAGCUACGGGAGGAGACAGCUCAGUGCCAAAAUUUUUCUCUGCAAGUUUCUGUCGAAGAUGUCCAGAUGAAUAACAAGCAGGCAAAGGGAGCCAAGGGAGCAGUUAAGAUCAAACUCUGCACCAGGUAUCUUGGUAAAGUUGAUGCCACAAUGACAAUCAUUGAUGUCUCCAUGCUUACUGGUUUUGCUCCUGACACUGAAGAUCUUAAGAGGCUUUCUGAUGGAGUUGACAGAUACAUCUCCAAGUUUGAAGUUGACAGUCCUAUGUCUGAAAGAGGGAAUGUCAUUAUCUAUUUGGACAAGGUCUCUCACACAGAUGAUGAAUGCUUGCAGUUUAAAGCUUACAAGUUUUUUGAAGCUGGUCUCAUUCAGCCAGGAUCAGUCAAGGUGUACAGCUAUUAUAAUCUAGAUGAGCAGUGCACCAAAUUCUACCAUCCAUCCAAAGAGAGUGGCCUCCUCGAUAAGAUAUGCCAUGGUGAUGUUUGCCGGUGUGCAGAAGAAACCUGCUCCUUUUUCAACAAGGCAGAGAAACCUGUUGAUCUGCAGCUACGAAUUGCAGAAGCCUGCAAGCCAAGUGUGGAUUAUGUGUACAAAACCAGGCUGAUUCUAACAGAAGUAGAACUUGAAUAUAACAACUACCUCAUGGAAGUUCUAGAACUUAUUAAAUCAGGGAGUGAUGCAAAUCCACAAGCCAAGCCCCGCAAGUUUAUUAGUCACAAAAGAUGCAAAGACUCUCUGCAGCUGGAGGUGAACAAGGACUAUCUGAUCUGGGGACUGAGCAAUGACAUGUGGCCCACCAAAACUGAAGUCAACUACAUCAUUAGCAAGGAUACCUGGAUCGAGAAAUGGCCAAACGAUGAUGAAUGCCAGGAUGAAGAAUUCCAGAACUUGUGCAAUGAUUUCAUUGAGUUUUCAAACUCGCUGAUGAUUUUGGGCUGCCAGCAAUAACUACAAAGACAUCACCUGCAGAAAGUGACCUCCCCCAUAGGAUCGGUUUGAGCAAGUGUUCAAAAGACACCUGCCCUCUUCAAGUUCAGCUCUCCUAUUUCCCCUCUGAAAUGUUUAUAUAAAUUCUUUAAAAUAAAGAACUGAUUUCUUA